ACAUUGACUGAUUAGAAGUUAACUUAAAUUGACCCACGCAAUAACAUCAUAACACUGGUUACAAAUGUGCCUCUCGGUCUCGCAUUGCGCGGAAGACGUUACCGGAAGUCCAUUACCCCAGAAUACUACCCAGGUACCUAAGGCCGGUAUUCGAUCGCUCGAUAAUACUGACUCAUAGGCCGGGCUCCAUCAACCGUGCCCUUAAUAAUACAUCGUAUCGGUUCGAGAUAUUUCACCGCUAAGAUGCCGAAUAUUGUGGUCGUCGGUGCGGGUGUGUCCGGUAUCACAACAGCAUAUCUGCUAUCGAAGCAGGAAGGAAAUGUCAUAACUGUCAUAGCGAAGCAUAUGCCAGGCGACUAUGACAUAGAGUAUGCGUCACCAUGGGCUGGCGCGAACGUUCUACCUAUGGCAACCGAGAAGCACAGCUCGUGGGAGCGUCGCACGUGGCCGGAGAUCAAGAGGCUCGCUACCGAGGUGCCCGAGGCCGGAAUACACUUGCUGAAAUCUCGCGUGUACCGCCGCGAGAAGGACAUUGAGCAGAUCAGGAAAAAAGGGUACAACUUCGACGGGCUCUUCGAGGAGAACCCCUGGUACAAGACGCUGUUCGACGACUUUCGAGAGCUCUCCAAGGAUGAACUCCCCAAGGGCAUGGCGUCGGGCUGCGAGUUCGGGUCCGCGUGCAUAAACGUCAUGUUGUACCUACCGUGGCUUUUGGGGAAAUGCCGGGCGAAUGGCGUCGUAUUCCGGCGCGGGCAGCUGAAGCACAUUUCGGAAGCAGCGUCCCUCCACCACGCGGGCGGGAAGAAGGCCGACGUCGUAAUCAACACGACGGGGUUAAGUGCUUCCAAGCUCGGCGGCGUGAUGGACAAGAACCUAGUGCCGGUCCGCGGCCAGAUCGUCGUGGUCAGGAACGAGGCGCCGUACAUGCUGACGAAAUCCGGCACCGACGACGCCGCCGACGAGCUCUGCUACAUCAUGAUGCGGGCGGCGGGCGGCGGCACGGUUCUCGGCGGGACUUACCAGAAGGGACACUGGGAAAGCCAGCCGGACCCGAAUAUCGCGAUGAGGAUCAUGCGGCGGGCGGUGGAGAUGAUGCCGGAGCUUGUGGACGGGAAGGGCGUCGACGGGCUGGAUAUCAUCCGCCACGGGGUUGGUCUCCGGCCUUAUAGGGAGGGAGGCGUCAGGAUUGAGAAGGAGAAGAUUGGCGAUACGUGGGUUGUUCACAACUACGGACAUGCAGGCUGGGGAUACCAAGGAUCGUAUGGUUGUGCAGAAGACGCGGUGGGACUUGUGAACGAGGUCCUCGGUCGUUCUCGACUGUAAUAUGGUCAGAUCUGGCCAUGUAAUACUUUGUUGUGUUUAACAUAUGUAGUAAGAAAGGGGGUUUGGCCAUAAGGCUGGCUAGGUAUAUUCUUUUCCUCUCCCUUUCGCCGUCAAUAAGCUACGACACUACAAAUUCAAUUUUACAUCCUAUGUCCAUUCAGAAGAACAUCUAGAUAGAACGAGGUACCGUAGUAAACAUCAAUUGCAAUAAGCACAUGUAGGUAGGUAGUUAUCGUGAAAUAUGUC